UCUCAUUGCAGUCCCUCGUUCAAUCUUUCCUGUUCGGUUGAAACAUAGAUUAUUCGGAGCCGACCCCCACUGUUUCACACCGCAUAGUCUAUUUACCCCUAAAACGCGCAGCGGACAGUGAUCGAAUUAGUUCCACCGAUCAUCCAGAUUAAGAUCCAAUCUUUCCGGCUCGCUACCUUGACUUCCCGCUACUCGAAACAACUCUCUACUUAACCACGAUGACCAACCUUACCACCACCAUCUCUGCUCCCACCCCCGUCGCGGUCCCUACCACAAAAGCCACCAUGAACUCCCAAACUGAGGACGCCCCUCUCUUCUCGGUCUCCCUGAUCUCUCCUGAAGUGGUCGCCGCUCUCCCAGAAGGCUACACAAUCCGCCCCGUUCGCCGCUCCGACUACAAACGGGGUUUCCUCGAUGUCCUCCGUGUGCUGACCACCGUCGGUGAUAUCACCGAGGAACAGUGGAACCAGCGGUUCGACUGGAUCUCUGCCCGUAAUGACGAAUAUUAUCUGCUUGUUAUCUGUGACACUGCCGACCGUGUCGUCGGUACCGGUAGUUUGCUUGUCGAGCGGAAGUUCAUCCACUCCCUCGGCAUGGUUGGACAUAUCGAAGACAUUGCCGUUGAUCAGUCGCAGCAGGGAAAGAAGCUGGGCUUGCGGAUCAUUCAGGCUUUGGACUAUGUGGCUGCCAACGUUGGUUGCUACAAGAGUAUUCUUGACUGCUCGGAACACAAUGAGGGCUUUUACCUCAAGUGUGGCUUUAAGCGUGCCGGCCUGGAAAUGGCGCAUUACUAUUAAAAAUUUAGAGAUCUGUGAUUAAGGGACUUCUAUUGGCGUU